AUGUUUGCUUGUCUGCGCGGAAUUCAGAAGCCGCAGAGUGUGCCGCAGUCGCCAUCCGUCGCGGCAGCCGACGCCGGUGCGGCGGCGCAGCACCAGCAGCCGAGUGCGCUGCAACUGGAGCAAGCUGUGUUCAGCGCUGUUGUGGCAAGUGAGCACAGUGUGACGCGCCACCACGAGGGACGUGGCGGGGAGCAGGAGAGCGGCGUUGCGUCGAGUGAUGCGAAGGCGGUGGAGCGGCGUCUCGCGGAAUUCGUUGCGCACGCCGUGCAGAAGCACCUCAUCGCCAUCACGUACGAGGCAGCCCGUGCUGCACUACCUCUCACGCAGCAAGAGCAGGAUGGUGAGGGUGGGUCGGCGGCGGUGAAUCACGGUGAAGUGAUGGGGAGCGAGGCAGACGUCGCGCAGCUGCUCUGGAUGAAUCGCACAAUGGCACUUGGCACAACAAUCACAGAGCUUGAGGGCACAUUGCCGCAGCGCAAGCCCUUCGAUAACGCAGCACCAAAGCGGGAGAGGCACCUUCCGAAUGUGCAGAAAACGGUCCAGCACCUGCGGGAGUUCGCCCCUGCGCUGCGUGCGGUUUUGUUGGAGGCGCCUCGGUGCGAGGGAAAUGAGGCAACGCACCCACAAGAAGGCGAUGCGGCAGAUGCCGCACACAGUGAAACUCACAAUGAUAAUCACCAUAGCCCUCAUAGUGAUGCUGGAGCGAAGAGGCGGCGUGCUGUUGAAGAGGGGGAAAGUGAUGCGAAAGAUGCACGUUCAGGCAAGCGGCCAUUCGCGUUCGCCGUGAGAAUCGACGGGGGCCUCAUGCGCCAUCAGCACGACAAUCGAGCAAUCGCAGCGGCAGAUCCGUCGUCUGACAAUGAUAGUCGCCGCCCGAAGACAGAUCAGGAUCAACAGCAGCCACAGGGGACUGGUGUCUCGUGCAGGAGCGGUGCCUUGCCGCAAGGAGCUUCUAACGCCAAGUGUCAGACAACGUUAAAUGUUGACAAUCACGGCAAAUUGUCUCUUGCGCACCUGUCAGCCACGACGCCGCAGCUCACCAACGUCAUGUUUCGGCCGCUGGUCUCGUCGUCCUCGUCGUCGUUGUUGUUGGCCGCUGGCAACAGUGCGGCUGCCCCAGCCCCUGUGGGUUCGCAAAAGGCGGCACUUCCGGCAUUCACCGUCAUAAGAAGACCGCCGCAUAUGCCUAUGGGAUGGCAGUCCGCCGAAAGUGUGGAAGGCAGCGGCGCGGAGGCUGUCAGAUAUGGCGCGAACGUGAGGGAAUCGCGCUACGGGAAUCGUUCAGUGGUUUCUAGGCGGCGAGAGGAGGAGGACGACGCAGCCCUUGGCUCGGGCACGGGAGGCCAGAGCAGUGGCGGAUUCAUCACCGCGAGCGAACAGCUGGCGGUGGAUGUGAAGGCAGGACGUGCACUGGCGUCAAGUCUCACGCUGCAACGCCGAACCCCUGCGCUGGGUCUGCGGCGCUCCGGCUUCACGCCGCCGUUUCAGCAGCAGCGGCAACAAACACCGCCUCCGCAUUCGUCAAGGAGUGAUGUGCCAAGUGGAGUCGCUGCUGUUAACGCUGCUAGUAGUAAUACCGGUGGUGGUAAUGUGGUGCCAGUCAAUGAGGUGCUGAGCUCCAUCGCCAAGAAUUCGAAGGGCUCCCACGAGCCGACGCGAGGAGCGCGCAGCCACCAUAACAUGGCUACUCGUGACGAUAGCGACAGCGAGCAUGGAGAAUACCCUGCCUCACUGCUUCUCCCCGAUGGCUCCGUGCCGCCGAUCCUACAGCCGCUGGACCCGAAGCUCGUGGCGCAGGUGGCGAUGGAGAUUCUCGAGCACGGUGCCGGUGCCCGCAGUGUUAGCUGGAACGACAUUGCGGGGCUCGACUACGCCAAGCGAAGCGUUGAAGAGGCAAUUGUGUGGCCGCUGCGUCGACCGGAUCUCUUCGUUGGUCUUCGCGACCCGCCACGCGGGUUGCUGUUAUUUGGCCCACCUGGCACCGGUAAAACGAUGAUCGCCCGCGCCAUUGCAAACCGCGCACAAUGCACGUUUCUGAACAUCAGUGCCUCCUCUCUCAUGUCAAAGUGGAUGGGCGACGGGGAGAAGUUAGUAAGGUGUCUGUUUGCUGUGGCCACCGUGAAGCAGCCGAGCGUCAUAUUCAUUGAUGAGAUUGACUCUCUUCUCUCCAUGCGCGGCGAGGGCGAAAUGGAUUCGGUGCGGCGCGUCAAGACGGAGUUCCUCGUGCAGCUCGACGGUGUGGCGACUGACCGCGGCGACCGUGUGCUUCUAAUCGGUGCUACGAACCGGCCGGAGGAAUUGGACGAGGCGGCGCGGCGGCGUAUGGAGAAACGGUUGCACAUUCCUCUCCCUGAUGCCGCUGCACGGGUAGAGCUAGUGCAGCGGCUUCUUCACACGAUGGAACUGCAGCAGCAGCAGCAGUGCUUAGAUCGCUCCGAGGGGAGGGAUGAGGAAGCGGUGGUAAAGAGUGGCAGUGGCACGGUGCAUGCGCUGGAUGCGAAGGACAUUGCAGAGAUCGCAGCCGCAACGGAGGGGUACUCCGGUGCGGAUCUCAAGCAGGUGUGUCGCGAGGCCGCGAUGGGGCCGCUACGCGAAGUCACCAUGCGGCUCUCUGACGUUUCAUUGAAUGAACUGCGGCCAAUUCAGAGGCGGGACUUUAUGCAGGCAUUGAAGCGUAUUCGGCCAAGUGUUGGAGCCUCGGAGGUGGAGCGCUACGAGGAAUGGAAUAAGCAGUUCGGCUCCUUCGCCACGGACGCGGGGGGAGAGACAGAGAAUGUGAACUGGGGGGAUAAGACGGAGAUGAACCGCACGGACUAG